CAAGCAACGGGCCGCGGGGGGGACGCGGAGGAUCUCGAAGGGACAGGCAACGGGCCGCGGGGGGACACAACAGGGACGAUCACGUGGGGGGCCGUAUGCCUCAGCUCGGCGGUCCGCACCGGACACGUCGGCCAGGCCUCCAACUUCCGAGAACGGGCUGCGGCCACCGCUGCCGGACGCGGAGGAUCUCGAAGGGACAGGCAACGGGCCGCGGGGGGACACAACAGGGACGAUCACGUGGGGGGCCGUAUGCCUCAGCUCGGCGGUCCGCACCGGACACGUCGGCCAGGCCUCCAACUUCCGAGAACGGGCUGCGGCCACCGCUGCCGGACGCGGAGGAUCUCGAAGGGACAGGCAACGGGCCGCGGGGGGACACAACAGGGACGAUCACGUGGGGGGCCGUAUGCCUCAGCUCGGCGGUCCGCACCGGACACGUCGGCCAGGCCUCCAACUUCCGAGAACGGGCUGCGGCCACCGCUGCCGGACGCGGAGGAUCUCGAAGGGACAGGCAACGGGCCGCGGGGGGACACAACAGGGACGAUCACGUGGGGGGCCGUAUGCCUCAGCUCGGCGGUCCGCACCGGACACGUCGGCCAGGCCUCCAACUUCCGAGAACGGGCUGCGGCCACCGCUGCCGGACGCGGAGGAUCUCGAAGGGACAGGCAACGGGCCGCGGGGGGACACAACAGGGACGAUCACGUGGGGGGCCGUAUGCCUCAGCUCGGCGGUCCGCACCGGACACGUCGGCCAGGCCUCCAACUUCCGAGAACGGGCUGCGGCCACCGCUGCCGGACGCGGAGGAUCUCGAAGGGACAGGCAACGGGCCGCGGGGGGACACAACAGGGACGAUCACGUGGGGGGCCGUAUGCCUCAGCUCGGCGGUCCGCACCGGACACGUCGGCCAGGCCUCCAACUUCCGAGAACGGGCUGCGGCCACCGCUGCCGUGACGUCGCAGCAAGCAAACCUGCGCUGCCGAUUUUUCCA